AAAUAAUUAAUAAUAAUUAUUGAAGAAGAAUUAAUUUCGAUCGAAGCGAAAAAGAGGAAAAAAAGAAAAAAAGGGAAAAAAGAAGAAGAUGAAAAAAGGGGAAAAAAAAGAAAGACAAAAAAAAUGGAGGGUAAAAGUUCAAUGUCAAAUGUGUAUAAAGAAAAUAACGAAUGAAUUGUUAUCGAUGGAAUUGUUGAUGGAGAUGGAGAUUAAAAUUAAAAAAAGAAAGGAGGUGCUGAAAAAAAUUCCGUCCACCUACUUCUUUUUUUUUUUUCUAGAAAAAAAAAAAAAAGAAAAAGGAUUGUUAGGUUCUGCUAGCCUUGACGAAUUGAUAUAUACUAAAGGAUCAUGGUCAUAAGUGAAAACGUGUACGAACGGACAGGCGCAUUUCAUUCCAACCCCUACCAUCAGAGAUUUCUCGAACAAAUACAGGCUCACCCUGGUUGGGAAGGGAUGUGGCAAAACUCUCAAACUCGUCUGCCAUAGGCAGAACGUACCACCACCAUUCAACGGCAAGUGGAUGCAGGUGGCUAAUUCCUAUGGGAGUAGGGAUUGGAGUAGGGAUAGAGAAACACGAGAUUCCGAAUGUUAUCAAAAUACUCCCACCUAUAUAUUCCUCUGGCACGAUUAAACAGAAGCACUGUAACACCUGUAGACUCAUACUUGUCUGUUAUCGGUGAUAAUCAAGAUUUCAUCGUCUCUUACGAACAAGUUUAAAAGAAAAUCUAUCAUCGUAUCAAAUUAAUCAGAGAUAUGGCGAACGAGGAUAAAAAGAAUAAGAAGAAAAGUGUUAAGAAGGAAAGCGAAAGUGACAUCGAAUUGGCAUAUAUAAAUAACGAAAGGACACAUCAGAAGAAAAUAUGUUUCUUCUGUCAAUAUUCAUUUUUUCUCAAACGUAUCCUAAGAUUGGUGAUAAGGGAAUAUCCAUUAUAUAUGACGAUCUUAUUGAUACGAUUGAAUAUAUUAGACGGAUCUAUAAUAUUGCAUAAAAGAAAGAAAGUGAAUUUUUUGAGAUUGAAUAAAAAUCAAAGUGGAUUUUAUCCGUCGGGAGAGGAUUUGGCAUCUCGCUCGAAAGAAUAUUGGAAGAAACCAGGAAUGAAAAAUAAUCGAAAAAAUGAUCGAAUUGAACGAAAUGAAGAAGUUAAUCGAUUGGAAAGAUUUCGAAGAUAUUUCGUACGUUCGUUAAAUAUAAAUCGACGUAAUGCGAUCAGUGAGAGGUCAAUGAGUAAGGAUAACAAAGACGACUGUGGUAUUAUCGAUUCAUUUUUAUCCAGAUUAGCUGAAAACCUCCAUAUUGAGAGUCAUUCAUUGGAAGGUUGCAUCGAUCACGUUAUAACGAGUUAUAAUGAUAUUCUUUUAGAUAUUAAUUUUCAAAAAUUAACCAGAGAGAGCGCUAAAAGCGAGGAAGUUAUUGAAUAUACGAUAAUUAACAUGUUUUGGCAACCGAAAGCAUUGAAAACAUCUAAAAGGAAAAAUCGACAUGAUAAUACUAAAAAUGAUUUGAAUAAUGAUGAUAGUUGGUUCAAAGCAGUCGAUCGUGGUUGCGUCGUACCAUUUUAUUCGAACAUAUAUACUUCCUAUUUUAAUAAUUCAUCGAUCGAUCGAAUUUCUAAAAAUUUAUUUAACAAAUGCAUACACGAGAUCGAAGAGAAUUCGUUGAAUUAUUUCAGUUGGUACAUCGAUGAAUAUUUUUAUCACGAUAUAGUUUAUCGGCGCAAUACAUUCUCGUACGAGCAAUAUCUUAAUUAUCAAAAAUUACAAAAGAUUUGCAAUCCCAAGGUCACAGUCGAUAAAACCAACCCAUUGGAACUUUGCAUACCAUUUGCACACGUGAUCACGUCAAACUUUUAUUCCCAUCACAAAUACGUUAGAAAUUAUAUGCGUGAUAUACAUUUAUUCUCCAAUUCGAUGAUUCGUAUCGAUAAGGAUAUUCCAUUUAUCGUUAGAUCCCUUAAUCCGUUAACGCGUAUGCAUAUAUUUCAUAUUGUUUAUAAAAAAUACUUUUAUACCAGGCCAACUUAUGAAAAUCUUUUCAAAGGUCUCGUUCUAUUGAAAGACGCGAUGUGCAGAUUGAAAUUGAAGGAUUUGGCUAUGUGCAAGAUUGGUUGUUGCUGCGAACGACUUGAUUUUGAUAAAGUCAUUAGAAUGACAGAAUUUAUUUUUCUCAAUACCAAUAUAAAUGUACGAAUUGGUUUGAAUCUGAUGAAAUGUUGCCAUUUUAAAUCACGUUCAGUGAAAUACGAUCACGACGAAUGUGUCGAUCUUCAUUUGAAAAGGAUCGAUCGAUAUUUCUCUUACGAUACCAAUGACACCUCCAAAACCGACGAAUAUUCGAGCGAUGAGGAUUAAUUUGAAAGAAAAAAAAAAAAUAAAAAAAUAAAAAAACAAAAGAAAAAUAUUUAAAGGAAAUUGUUGUGUCAA